AUGAGGGAACCAGAGAGGAGGGGCACCAGAGAGGAGGGAACCAGAGAGGAGGGAACCAGAGAGGAGGGAACCAAAGAGGAGGGAACCAGAGAGGAGGGAACCAGAGAGGAGGGCACCAGAGGGGAGGGAACCAGAGAGGAGGGCACCAGAGGGGAGGGAACCAGAGAGGAGGGCACCAGAGAGGAGGGCACCAGAGAGGAGGGAACCAGAGAGGAGGGCACCAGAGAGGAGGGAACCAGAGAGGAGGGCACCAGAGAGGAGGGAACCAGAGAGGAGGGAACCAGAGAGGAGGGAACCAAAGAGGAGGGAACCAGAGAGGAGGGAACCAGAGAGGAGGGCACCAGAGGGGAGGGAACCAGAGAGGAGGGCACCAGAGAGGAGGGCACCAGAGAGGAGGGAACCAGAGAGGAGGGAACCAGAGAGGAGGGCACCAGAGAGGAGGGAACCAGAGGGGAGGGAACCAGAGAGGAGGGAACCAGAGAGGAGGGAACCAGAGAGGAGGGAACCAGAGAGGAGGGAACCAGGGAGGAGGGAACCAGAGAGGAGGGAACCAGAGAGGAGGGAACCGGAGAGGAGAGAACCAGAGAGGAGGGAACCAGAGAGGAGGGGCACCAGAGAGGAGGGAACCAGGGAGGAGGGAACCAGAGAGGAGAGAACCAGAGAGGAGGGAACCAGAGAGGAGGGGCACCAGAGAGGAGGGAACCAGAGAGGAGGGAACCAGAAAGGAGGGAACCAGAGAGGAGGGAACCAGAGAGGAGGGCACCAGAGAGGAGGGCACCAGAGAGGAGGGCACCAGAGAGGAGGGAACCAGAGAGGAGGGCACCAGAGAGGAGGGAACCAGAGAGGAGGGCACCAGAGAGGAGGGCACCAGAGAGGAGGGAACCAGAGAGGAGGGCACCAGAGAGGAGGGAACCAGAGAGGAGGGCACCAGAGAGGAGGGAACCAGAGAGGAGGGAACCAGAGAGGAGGGCACCAGAGAGGAGGGAACCAGAGAGGAGGGAACCAGAGAGGAGGGCACCAGAGAGGAGGGCACCAGAGAGGAGGGAACCAGAGAGGAGGGCACCAGAGAGGAGGGAACCAGAGAGGAGGGAACCAGAGGGGAGGGAACCAGAGAGGAGGGAACCAGAGAGGAGGGAACCAGAGAGGAGGGAACCAGAGAGGAGGGAACCAGAGAGGAGGGAACCAGAGAGGAGGGAAUCAGAGAGGAGGGCACCAGAGAGGAGGGAACCAGAGAGGAGGGAACCAGAGAGGAGGGAACCAGAGAGGAGGGAAUCAGAGAGGAGGGAACCAGAGAGGAGGGAACCAGAGAGGAGGGAAUCAGAGAGGAGGGAAAAAGAUCGGGGUGGCACUAGAACGCGAGGAAGAUAG